UGCAUAUGGAUCACCUACUUUGAAACACCGGGUAUAGGAAUCGGGCUCAGAUGAUUUGAUUUGAAUCGGUUCAAUUCAAAUCCGCCGAUUCUACUGAUCCGAUUCCAACGUCUAAAUCUGCACUGACUACUGAGACUCCAGCCUAAAGCAUUUGAAACGGCAAUGAACUAGCCAAUUAAGUCCGUACAUGGAUCAUCAUCCAUCCAAUUAGGUGAAACGGAUGAUGAUUAAGCAAGUAGGGUAAUGAACGCAGUUUAAUUUGGUAGCCCGCGAAGCACCAAAUAUUGAAAGAACAAACAGGGAAGACCCAGCUAAAAUAAAACAGAAUCGUCGAAUGUGCUGGAAGUGAUUCAAAUCCGUUACUUUCUCUCUCUUCCCCCCAACAAGAAUUUUGGAAAAAAGACAUCCAUGGCGACGAAUGGUAUAGUGAUUUUGUUUCGAUUUCAACCAAUUCACACAGAAACACUUCUGGAUUGGAAAAUCGAAAGAGGAGAAGAUCACAGAAGUGAACAAUUCGAUUCAAGGAAUGAAUGAAGAGAAGAAGAAGAAGGAAGAAAAAAUUGGGAAAGAUAGGGAAACAGAGGUCGGGAGGAGUAGCAAAUCAUCGUCGAGAGGUUCUACACCUAGAUCGGCUGGAUCAAGGUCGUCGAGGAGCAGUGUGCCGGGGAUGGAGGCGCCGCUUAUUGACAGCGGCAGCGGCGGCGCCUCCGUCGAACACUGCUGUGAUCUUCAUCCUGCUCCAAAUACAGUACUAGUUGAAUCGGAAGAUGGUGAUUAUCCUCCGGUGGAGAACUUUGCAGAUCUCAGAUCUAUGAUUUGGAAAGAGUCGGUGAAGCUGUGGCUUAUUGCUGGUCCUAUCGCUUUCAACAUCCUUUGUCUCUAUGGAACUAACUCUUUUACGCAGAUCUUCGUUGGUCAUGUUGGAAAUGUUGAACUCUCCGCCGUCGCCAUUGCUUUGUCGGUCAUCUCUAACUUCUCUUUCGGCUUCCUGCUUGGUAUGGGAAGCGCACUAGAGACACUAUGCGGGCAGGCGUUUGGUGCUGGGCAGGUCUUCAUGCUUGGCAUUUACAUGCAACGCUCAUGGAUAAUCCUUACAGUCUCCUGUGGCCUCCUAUGCCCAAUUUAUAUCUAUGCCACACCUAUCCUAAAGCUCCUUGGCCAGCAAAAUGAUAUCGCGGUGCUCACCGGAAAAUUUGCAGUUCGGAUCAUUCCUCAAAUGUUCUCACUGGCCAUCAAUUUCCCAACCCAAAAGUUCCUGCAAGCUCAAAGCAAGGUUAAUGUUCUGGCAUGGCUUGCCUUUGUGGCCCUUCUCCUACACAUAUUCUUGCUUUGGCUCUUCAUCUAUGUGCUUGGCAUGGCUAUAUCUGGUGCGGCCAUGGCCUACAACAUAUCUGCUUGGAUGGUAGCUAUAGCUCAGGUCAUCUAUGUGGUGAACUGGUGCAAGGAUGGAUGGAAGGGCCUCUCUUGGCUAGCCUUCAAAGAAAUUUGGGCCUUUGUUAGGCUCUCCUUUGCUUCAGCCAUCAUGCUUUGCCUUGAGAUAUGGUACAUGAUGACUCUAGUUGUCCUUACUGGCCACCUUGGCAAUGCAGUCAUAGCAGUUUCCUCUAUCUCUAUCUGCAUGAAUGUCAAUGGAUGGGAAGGAAUGCUAUUUAUUGGAAUCAAUGCUGCAAUAAGUGUUAGAGUCUCAAAUGAGCUUGGAUCAGGACACCCUAGGGCAACCAAAUAUUCAGUAUUUGUUGUAGUUGCUGAAUCACUUCUUAUUGGGCUAUUCUCCAUGGUUGCUAUCUUGGCUUCCAAAGACCAUUUUGCUGUAAUUUUUACUAACAGCAAAGAACUCCAGAGAGCUGUCUCAAAAUUAGCCCCCCUUCUUGGGGUAACUAUGGUGCUCAACAGUAUCCAGCCAGUCAUCUCAGGUGUUGCUGUUGGAGGUGGGUGGCAAGGAUUGGUUGCUUACAUUAACUUGGGUUGUUAUUAUAUUUUUGGCCUUCCUCUUGGGUUCUUUCUAGGUUACAAAAUGAAUAUGGGAGUGGAGGGAAUUUGGUCUGGCAUGCUUUGUGGAACUGCACUGCAGACGUUGAUCCUACUGUUCAUCAUUUGGAAAACUAACUGGAAUGAUGAGGCUGAACAGGCAUUAGAACGUGUGCGUAUGUGGGGUGGGCAGGAAAAUGAAGAUGAGAAAUUUGAGAUGGAUUCUCAUUAAAGAAGGUAUAGUUUUGCAAAGACCCAGUUUUGGGCUUCGGAGGAUGGCUGGCGUCUAAGCUAUUGUACCAAAUUUUACUAGUUCCUAUUCUUUUCUAAUUCCUUUGUAAAGGUUGGAUCGUGAUGAAUUAGGCUUAAAAGUGAAUUUUUUUUUUUUUUUUAACACAGGCCAUUUUUUCAUCUUUUUCCUGGGUAGUACAUUAAAAAAAUGCUGUAAUUGUUGAUUUUUUUUUGGGUUAGGUUAAUUGUUUUUGGUGUAUGUGA